CUUCGCUCCGCUGUGAACUAGUCGAGGGGCAGGCGGCGUGGGGGUGAUCGUCGCUUCGUCUCUCUCGGCGUCUCUCUCCGUCUCUCUCCUCCUCCUCUCUCUGUCCGCGAGACGUUUCGUCUCUCCUCGUGCCGGGUUGUCCACUGCCACUACGACCCAGAGAAGCUCCACCAUGAACAUUCGGAACGCCAGGCCCGAGGACCUCAUGAACAUGCAGCACUGCAACCUGCUGUGCCUGCCUGAGAACUACCAGAUGAAGUACUACUUUUACCAUGGGCUUUCCUGGCCCCAGCUCUCGUACGUGGCCGAGGAUGAAAAUGGCAAGAUUGUGGGCUACGUGCUGGCGAAAAUGGAGGAGGACCCAGACGAUGCCCCACAUGGCCACAUCACCUCCCUGGCGGUGAAGCGCUCGCACCGGCGGUUGGGCCUGGCACAGAAGCUGAUGGACCAGGCAUCGCGUGCCAUGAUCGAAAACUUCAACGCCAAAUACGUGUCCCUGCACGUCCGCAAGAGCAACCGGGCAGCUCUGCACCUCUACUCCAACACGCUCAAGUUUCAAGUCAGUGAAGUGGAGCCCAAAUACUAUGCCGACGGGGAAGAUGCUUACGCCAUGAAGAGAGACCUGGCACAGAUGGGUGAUGAGCUGCGCAAGCUGAACAUCAAGACCGAUACCCCUCAGGCGCUGAUGACGCCGCCGCCAACGCCGUCGGGGCAGGCCGAGUCCAAGGCGGCGGCCUCCAUCGCGGCGGGUCGACGCGGCGCCCGCGACGGCGCCGACGACUGCAGCGGCGGCGACAGCAAGGACGCGAGCGAGGCCACGUGCAGCACGGACCUCAAGGACAGCUCCGAGGCGUCCGACUCGGCCUCGUGAAGACCCACCCCCCCAUCCUGGUCCUUCCAUCGGCCGUCCUUCGUGCAGACCCCCCCCCCCUCCUCUCCUCCCCCUCGGCGCGUCUGGUCUGUUCUGGAUUCGAGGCACGGCCGCUCACGAGUCUUGUCCACCACAGGGGUGGGGAGGGCACGGGGCACUCAGUCUGGUACACCCGGCGUCCACGCGAGGCCUCCGACUUGGGAUACGGUGGCACCCCCCCCCCCCCCGCCGAUUUUGUUUGAUCGAGUUUAGUUCCUGAAGAAGCUUCCGGCACGUGGUGUGAAACAUCGGACAUCGUGAGGAAUAGCACCACGGUACAACCCCAAAUAAACAUCAAGAACGAUAUUUAUCCAUCACUGCAAGUGUGUUAUUUGUGACAAUCUAGUACUGGAGGGGAAUAUUUGAGCAGGCAAGACUUUUUCGAAUUUUGGCUUGUUCCUUUCACUGCAAGGAAGGGCCUCUUGCAGUCGUGAGUAUUCAUGCUUGGCAUUUCCAAAGUGUUUUUUUUAAUCCGAUUUGGCCUUCAAGGAAAAUGUUCCCCACCUUAAAAUCAACAGCUUGUGAAGAAAACUUGCAAGAAUUAUCCUGUACUGCUCUUGAGUAAAUUGUCCCAAAGUUUUGCAGGUCCUGUGGUUGAGUCCCCCCCCCCCUCCCUUCGUGGCAAGCUUGAUAUGACUAACAAUGGGCUGUUGUGCAGUGCCUGCUGGAAUAAACGUGUGAAGGGUGAGACUUUGGUCAA